CACGCCUCCUUAUUUAACUUGUUUAACGACCUUUUUGAAGAUAUUAAGCUAUUUAUUAUGGGUUUUAUAGAUAUGGGCACCACGAACUGUAGAACUAACUAAAAUACAUAUAUAUACUUUAUUUUGACUACUUUACAUUAGAGGAUAACCUUCUGCAUUCCAUUACAAACCCAUGGAGAGCCAACAGUUUAAUUCCCAUCCAUCAGUCAGAUCUACAGCUCAGCCUGGACCAGGGAAGAUCACCAAAAACCUGGCUGCUCUGACUGCUCAGAGGAACGCCAGCACCUUCUUUGAGAAAUAUGACUGUAGGGAAAUCCAGGAGCUCCUCAGUCUGACUACACACAGCUGGUUACUGGGAGCUGAAGACUUUGCUGUACCAGUAGACGUGCCCCCUGGCAUCAUCAAGCAAAUGAAGAACUUCCCGCACACCAAUGCCAUCAUCCUCGUGCCCUGUGACUCGAGUGUGCCACUCGAUUACCAGGUUGUUCACCAGAUUGUGAGGGAGCUGACAGUGGGAAUAUACUGCUUCAAUCAGGUGCCAAGCAUCAGCCUUGAACCCAACUUUGACCAGAGCACCUCCUGCCAGCUGUCACCUGCUUACUAUGAUACCAAAGUAGGGCAGAUUUUGGUGAAUAUAGAUUAUACGAUGAAGUCUCUCUGGCAUGGGGCGUACAUCCCAAAAGAAAAGCGCAUCCAUUUCACUGAACUGUGGAGGUCCAGCAUGGGUGUGGACUCCAAUGGAUUUCCUCAUACCAGAAAAGAUAUUCUAGCUGAGUUUCUGACAGCAGGUUUACAGGAUGUGUCAGAUGACCCGAGUUACCAGGGUAUUUAUGACAGAGAUUCAGGAGACACUGACCCGACCUAUGACCCUGACAGUGCAGAGGAGCAGAAGCUGUUCUCUCAGUUUGCAGAAAGUGUCCUACUGAAGAUCACCUCCUACCUCACCUCCGUCCAGCAGCACGAGAACCUGUUCAGCUUUGAGGGGGCUCUCUCCCUGUCCAGCGUGUUCCGGCUGACUGAGGACUCGGUGGAGCUGAGCACCUACCAGCAGCUGCAGCAGAGACUGGCCAGACACUCCAGGCUGGUGAAGAAACACCUGGGACGCAAAGUGGAGCUGAGCCAGGACCUGGCCUACCUGAAGCUCAUCAGCUGCCUUGUGCCUUUACUGGUGGCCCUGAGGAAGAAGAUGAGGAUUCCUGACCUGUCUCAGAUGCUCCCUCCCAUAUCAGAAGACAAGGUAAAAACCGAGCGAGAGCUUCCUCCUCUUCUCCUCGGACCAAAGUUCUCCUGCAGACACUUCUCAUACCCACCUGACCAGUACUUUCACCUUCACGGAGGAAUCGAGUUCGACACUGGGACUCCUGAGCUGGAUGACAUCACUGAGGAGAUAAAACUGGCUUUAUCAACGCUACAAAAUCAAGCGUCAGGAUAUCUGAAAGACUUACUUUGGCAAGAAAAUGCAUACAAAAAGCAAUUUCCUGUUCCACUGAGUGAGAUUAAUGGGAAAAGGUACUGUGUGAUCUGCAUUGAGCUGGCAUCCUUCUAUCCUCAACACAACACGGUUCAGUGGUGGGAAGGCAUGAGCACGGUUAUAAAAACCCUGCGGGGGGAGAAACUUCCCUUAACAGACAUUCAGCUGCAUGAACUGUUUAAGAAGACAUUUGGCUAUGCAAAAGCCAUAAAGUGCAAGAGUGUCCUGUAUGGCCUCAGGGCAGCAGCGGAGCGUGGUCUGUCAGCUGCGUUUCACACUCUGACCCGUAAGAACUCACAGUCCCACCUGAUGAUGCUGGAUGAGCGUGGCUACUCCCUGCUUCACCACGCUGCUGUCUGUAACCACGCACAUAUCAUUUGCCAGCUGGCAGCUGCUGGAAUUAACCUCAACCAGGCACGCAGGUCCAGAUUCAGUCACUCUGGGUUCACAGCGCUUCACCUGGCAGCACAGUGUGGCUCUCUGGAAGCUCUGAACUGCUUACUUGCUCUAAAAGCAGACUACAGGCUCGUAGACCAGAGAGGAUGGACGGCUGUUCACUUUGCAGCCUUUUAUGGCCAGGUCGCGUGUGUUCAGGCCCUGUGCAGGAAAGAUCCGACCCUGCUGGACAGACGCACAUCUGCAGAGUAUCACACCACCCCCGUGUUACUGUCAGCCACAUCAGGCUCUGUGGAGGCGCUGGAUUACCUGCUGUCCAGCGGUGCGAACUGGAGAGAGACGGACAGUAAGAGCAAUAACGCCGUCCAGCUGGCAGCCCUGUAUUUCCACAUCAACAUCCUGAGACGUUUCAUAGAGCUGGAUUUGGACGACCUUCCUGUGUGGAAGAUACUUGUUGAGAUGCUGCGGAGUGAUGAGCACAAGAGGCUGGAGAUGGGUGUCAGGUGCCUGGAGGCUCUGUGUGUGAACACUGACUCCUUCUGGAAGGACAUAAUGGAAGCAGGUGGAAUUGCUGCACUGGUGGAGAUUCUGAGCAGUGGAAGGCUGAAGCUCCAGUGCAUGGCUGCAGCAGUGCUGUGUCACAUGACGGAGAACGUUGCAGUGUGUGAGGAGCUGGUUCGAUGCAGAGCUGUGGCGGUGCUAAUUAAACUUCUUGGUGGCCAGCAGCCUGAGAUCCACUCGCGCUGUGCUGUUAUACUGGCAGAUUUGGCCGGCCACAGCGGACAGUACCAGACCCAUAUCGCUGACCUGGGUGGAGUGGAACCAGUAGUGAAUCUCCUGAGCUCUGAUCUUCAGGACGUGCUGUUGAACGCUGUAAGGUGUGUCCAGGCUCUAUGUGUCGGGUGCCCUUCCAACCAGACUGCAGUGGCUCGAGCUGGAGGAAUCUCACAGCUGGUAGAAUUCCUCACCGUGAACUCUGAGGUCCUGCAGGAGGAGGUGUGUCUGGCUCUGGCUGAGCUGGCUCGUGAUCACACUGAGAAUCAGGAGCUGAUCUGUGGGGCAGGUGCCGUCCAGCCCCUGGUUCAGGUCCUGCAGACCAGGAAGAUGUCCACGCAGGUCAAAGCAGCCAGAGCCAUUGAAGCCAUAGCACACCAAAACCCUGCCAUACAGACGCUGUUUCAGAAGACACAUGUAGCCAGGUACCUUCUGCAGCUCUUAAAGGUUUUCCAUCAGACUUCGAGAGAGCAGGGAGCCGUGUCUCUCUGGGCAUUGGCGGGAGACACUCUGAAGCAGCAGAAGUACAUGGCCAAUGUCAUCGGCUACCACUCCAUCCUGGACAUGCUCCUGUCCAGCUCAGACAAAAUGCAGUAUGUGGGUUGCCAAGCUGUGAUAGCCCUCAGCCGAGAGAGCUGUACCCACCAGAAAAUCCUGUGCAGGGAAAACGGGGUGCCACCACUGGUGCGGCUGCUGCGCGGGUCCCGCUCUACAGAGAGGACUCUCCUCAGCGCCAUCUGCGCCCUCCGUACCCUGUGUAUAGGAGUGGCCCACACAAACAACGCAAAGAGUCAAGCAGUAAUAUAUGAGGAGAAUGCUGUUGCAGUGUUGUUAGAGCUUCUGCAAAACCAUGAAUCUCUACAGGUUAAAGUCCAGGUUGCUCAGACUCUGGCUUGCAUUUUGAUGGGGAACCAGAAGCUUCAGAAAGUCUUCUGGGAGAAAGAGGAUUUCUCCUAUGACACUGUUGUGGAGCUUCUUCAAUCUGAAGACCCGGAAAUCCGUUUGGAAGCAGGACAUGCACUGGCCCUGUUUGCAUGCAAUAACCCAACUCAACAGACAGCAAUUUGGAAAAGGGGAGGAGUUCCUGUGCGAACAUAUGAACACUUCUUGGACUCAGACGAUGAGACUGAGAGGGCUAAGGCUGCAUUUCAGGUAAUUGUGCUUGCCAAUGUAAUCACUGGCUCUGACAAGGUGACGCUCACUGCAAGAGGGAUAACAGCUCUGGUAGCAUUAUUGCAGUCGGAAAAGCCCAACACUGUGGUCAUUACAGCUCAAUUCCUGGCAACCCUGGCUCACACCAGAACUGUUUCAGAUGCCUUAGUGACCAUGAGAGUGGUAGAGCAUCUCACAGCCCAACUGUACUCUAAGGAGGAAGAGGUGCGAACAGCCUGUGCCAAUGCUCUCGGCUACCUGACCUUCAACAGACACGCCCAUCGUAUCCUGAUGGCAGAAUGCAGGAACACGCCCCUGAAGUACAAACUGAUGAUGAACCAUCUAGCAAAGGAUGGCAAGAUAUGCAGCAGAUUUACAUCUGAGUUUGAAAGACAGAGGAAAGUGGGCCUACCUUCACUCAGCUUGGAGCAGAAUGGGGGUCCACCUGUCCAACAGCGCUGUAGCAAAGGUGUGUCUAACAGAAGGAGCUCAUAUCCUGGAUCACCAGCGAUCAGAAGCAGCUCUGACAGCACCAGCGCAGCAGUGCAGCCUUACCGCUACAACCAGAGGAGUAAGACUGCUCUACCCAGAGUCCGAUUCAGUGAGGAGUCUCCCUCCAUUUCUCAGAAUAACGUCACCUGAGUGCCCACAGAGCAGAACUUCCUAAAUAGAGUGAUGGGCUGGCUUUGUUCUGAAUGAGCAUCUCAGUGGACUGCUUUAACUACCCUCUAUGUGUCAACUGUCCAUAGAUAUAACAGGGAAAUGAUUGCACAUGCAAAAAAAAAAAAGCAUCACAAAAAUAAGCAUGGUCAAUUACUGAGGUGUUUUUAUUUAUAAAUAUAAAAUACAUUGCUUAAAGACCUUUAAAUAAACUAUGAAUACUGUAUAUCAGCAUUUAAUCUUCAGUUUCAGAUGGGGAACCUUGAUUGCAGCAUCUCUCACCUCUGUAGAUAUAUCUCUGCCAAGUGGAGCCCUAUUUUAAAAAAGUGAAGAAAAAAAACAAAACAUUGUAGACAAAUCUUUAAUAAACAGCAUUAACUAUACUGUCUGAUUGUCCAAUUUCCAACUAUCCGUACAUAAAAUCAGAAUUACCCUUAAAUAACAGCUGACAAUCGAGUUUAAUGAUCCACUAACUGUAACAGGGAAGAAUGGGAUCUCUAUUAUCCCCCCCCCCCCCCCCUACUCAGUAACUGCACUGUGUGACUUUGGUGGAGCUGCACAAGAACCCUCUAAAGAUCUGCGUAACACAGCAGAUCCAUAGUCAUAUUUGUUCAAAAUCCUAUAAUAUUACUCUGACUCCUCAGUUCACAUGCUUCUCUUACUUCAGGUUUUGCUUCUGUAUGUCUCAGCUUGCCCAGAAAUGCAUGUGUACAGCUUUUCAUGACAGGGGGCCCCCAAAAAGUGUGAUUUGCAUUUAUUGUAGUGGAGUAAAUGUUAAAUACACCUUUCUAACUGUACGGGGAGCCCAGCUCAUGUAUCUGCACAGUGUAACUUUGGUGGAGCUGCAUGAGAGCCUUAUAAAAACUGUCUAACACAGCAGAUCCCUAGUAAUAUUAGUGUAAAUUCUGUUUACAUGCUUCUCUUACUUCAGGUGCUGCUUCUGUAUCUCUCAGCUUGCCCAGAAAUGCAUGUGUACAGCUUUUUUUCAUGACAGGGGGCCCCCAAAGAGUGUGAUUUGCAUUUAUUGUAGUGGAGUAAAUGUGAAAUACACCCUUCUAACUGUAGGGGGAUACGCCCAGUUCACAUAUCUCCACCAAAUGUGCAUAGUGCAGUAGCAGAAUUCUGGCCUAUAGUGACCAAAUUAGCAUUCUAAAGCUGCUAUUUUAAGAUUUUAAGAACAUUUUACACAAUAUUGCUUUAAUGGGUGACUCACUUUGGCUCAUAGCUGACAUCCUGAGUGUAAGGCAAAAUCCCCUUUCCUUCUUUUAGCCUCUCAACACCAUUCCUAAAAACAAAAGCAGUGCCGUUUAGCAGAAUUUAAACAGUGGAUUCAACUAUUAAACAAAGUAAAAAAAACAUGUUAGAGCAUAUUCCUUCCAUACCAUGCAAUCAUCACUCCAUUAUCUGUGCAAAACUUAGAUGGAGGACAGAGUAACUGCAGGCCGGUUGCGUCUGUGACGACUCUCAGCACUUCCCUGAUGUAUUGAUUGCUCGCUACUCCUCCAGACACGACCUAGAGAGGGCAGUGUGCACAAAGCAGAGGUUUAACAGUAAUGGUUGCCAAUGGCAGGAUACUUUUUGUGCCAAAAUCAUUGGAAUUCGAAAGCAAUUAAGCCAGUCUGGAUUUUAUUUUCAUGCUAAAUGCCAAACCACAGUCCUGUGGUGCGGUGACCUUACCAAAGUCGGGCUGUUCUCUGGUAGAAGACCUUUGGCCUUACAGAACAAAAUAGCCCGAUGUGUUCGCUUAGCUGUGUGCGAGGCUACAGUGUGCUGAGUGGCAGCAGCGAUAUCCUCCACGCAGGAUAAUAGCUGACCUUGCUGGAUGCCUAUAAAGAGAGAAAAAAAAAACUUAACCAAAAUAACACCAAAAUAAUUAAAAACUUUGAAUUAAAGCCCCCACCAAACACUGCACCAAAUUAAAGUAGCAGCUCCUGACAUUUUUCUUUUUAAUCGAAAGCAGUACAAUUCCUUUUUACUUUUUUUUGUCAUUUAUGCUCCUAAUAUCAGAAUUGUUUUACUGCUUUAUUUGGUUUUAUUUUAUUUUUCAUUUCUGUCUCACAGUUCCACAGUUUUAUUGACCUUUUAAUAUAUGUUUUUUUAUGAUUAAAUGUAUGUUCUUGUUUUCUAAAUGUUCAUAUUUAAUCUCUUCUUCUGUAUAAUGAUUAGUUACAUUUUAAAUGAUUGGCACCCUUUUUUAAUAAAGGUUCAUUGAUGUUCUAA